CGCACUUUUGUCACUUUAGGUUCACUUGAGAAAUCUCACUUGAGAUCCAGUUUAGGCGAAUUUAUUCAACCCUCAUUCCGUGCGCGCUCCCUUUCCCCCCGUCCAGAUCCGCAACUCUUCGAACAGCCGGUUGCCCUGUCUCAUCCGGAAACUGUCACAAGUGGGGAAGUAGAACCAGGUGUUUGACAAUGAUGCAAGUACGAAGAACACAAUCUUGCAUGCACGACAGUAGGGAUUGGUAAAGAUGUCGGGGGGUUCCAGUAGGUACAGCAUUCCCUUCCGCCCAAACAUGGAGACCCCGUUAAUCCGCCCAUGCAGCAGCCAAUCUCUACGCUUCCUGACGGAUUUGGAGUUGAACACCCUGAUCCUAAUCGUGGAAGUCGCUGUCUUCUCUGUGGCGCGAAAUGUGUUUCAGUGUGUGUAUAGCCCCCGAUCAUACUUCCCACCGCCCCAAGAGUUUGUGGAGGUGGAUACUUGCUGCGUUCAAGUCGGACUCGAGAGAAUUGGUGUGCACUCAUGCUGCCAGGUCGAUGUCGACUUCGCCCCAUUCACUUUUCGCCAGAUACCUAAGAACGGCCUUGGCGCUUAUUUAUUCGUUCGCUUCUUGCCAAAAUAUUCGUCCCGUUCUGGUUCGCGACCUAGGCGAUAGUCUGAGUCUUGGAAGCACAUGAUUGGCGAGAUGUACAUAGCCAAUCCUGGUUUGCCGCACACAUCGUCGUUGCAUAUCUACUUGUAGGUCAUCCUUGCAUCUAUUUCCCCGAGUAUCGCGGAUUUCCGUGCACCUUAUUUCCGAUAGUUUACG